GUUCUCAAAAAUAUGUGCUCGAAUAGAACCUCAAAAUUAGGGUUCCAACCACAGCAACUUCCAAGCCUGUGCCAAGCCCUCGAUAUUUCUGAGGAGAAACUUUCACUUGGAAACUGCAAGGACAUGGACGCGUCCAUGUCGUGAGAUGGCCUCUCCCUCUCACAAUCUCAAGAACGUUCUAGCUGUCUGCUGUGGAGUUUCUCUUGUUGCCAUCUUUGUUUUCCUGCAAAGGCGCCAAAAGCCAGAACGACCGAAGCCACGCAGAAGAAUGGAACAGGAAAAGAUUGUGCGCCGCAUAAUCGCAGCGGACAAUAGCUGCCUCUUCAAUGCUGUCGGGUAUGUAAUGGACCAUGACCUUGGCAAGUCGCAGGAGCUUCGGCGGGUCAUCGCAAACAAAGUGCGGUCCGAUCCCGAACAGUACGAUGAAGCAGUGCUUGAGAAGAGCAACGAGGAUUACUGCCGUUGGAUCUUAGACCGGCAAAAGUGGGGGGGCGCAAUUGAGCUAUCGGUUCUGGCGGACCAUUACGGAAGAGAGAUUGCGGCUUACGAUAUACAGACGAAACGGUGCGACAUAUAUGGGCAGGGGGAAGGCUAUAAAGAGCGAGCCAUGCUCAUAUACGACGGGCUUCACUACGAUGCGCUGGCGCUCGAGAUGUUUCCGGGGGCGCCAAAGGACUUCGACGUCACGAUAUUCACGGUAGACGAAACCGGGGGGGUAGGAUACGUCACGCAAUUAGCAGAAAAGUUGGUCGAUGAGCAACAUCGAGCCAAGAAGUUCACAGAUACUCAGAACUUCACGCUGCGGUGUCAAAGCUGCCAACAAGGUUUGAAAGGUCAGAAAGAAGCGGUAGAGCACGCAAGGUCUACGGGUCACACAAACUUCGCAGAGUAUAGUUGACAUUGACGCCCACCAGUCUUGUCUCCCUUGAAGCAAUCUUCCAAGGGAUAGCAUGAAGUGGCACAACGACUGCUUACUGCGCUGGCGUCAAAUGAGCCGCUUAAGUCAACGACGUUCGUUUCACAAGUUGCGACAUCUCGCUUCUAUGUGUAGUAUGAUGUCCAGACGAAGCAGCGGUUCAGCCAUGAUACAGUCUCCUAUAAAGCACCGGGCGCUGGCUAGAUCGAGUCUGCAAUCGAAGCACUUAGAAUCAGUGGCACUUGCAUGGCCCGAGUCACUGGCGGCCAAACAAGUUUUGCAUAGUCAGGGUGGGUGGUGCGCAGCGCCGUCGCUUAUCGUGUACUAUGUAUUGAUUUCACGCUUGUUGGACCGACUUGAAUUUCGACCGUACUUCUGUUGUUCCCCAAUGCACUAGGCAAACGUCUUUGCAAAGAAAUCAGUAAACGCA